AUGAUAACGACAGCAUCCUAAAAUAUUACUAGCUCGAUAUAGGAGAAGUUGAUGGAGGAACGCAAGAGAUUGAUAACCUCGUUUGAAUAAAAAUUCUUAGGUGAAGAAUAAGCACGCUCAGCAUAAUAUGCAGACCAAGCAACCUAUAAUGGAUAGAUGAAUGAAAAGCAAAAUAAAUAGGGAGUAGGAAAAUACUUAUUCCCAAAUGGAGAUGUGUACAUUGGACAGUGGUCUAACGAUCUGUUCAAUGGAGAAGGCGUUUAUCUGUUCAAUAAUGGAGAAAGAUAUGAGGGGCAUUUAUUGAAUGGCAAAAAGCAUGGAGUUGGAAUCUAUUAUUAUGCCAAUGGUAAUAUGUAUAACGGAGAAUGGAUCAAUGAUUUGAAACAUGGAAAAGGCAAAUAUACCUAUUACUUGUAAGGGGAAUCUUACGAUGGCGAAUGGCAAUAUGGAGAAAGACAUGGAAGAGGAGUCUACCUCUACUCUCUUGGAGAUAGAUAUGAUGGGCUUUGGGAGCGAGGACUCAAAUGGGGUAGAGGAACUGUGGAGUUUGCAUCUGGAGCAAGAUAUGAGGGUUAGUUUGCAAGUGACAAAGCAACCGGAUAGGGAACUAUGAUAUAUGUUAACAAUGACAAAUACGAAGGGCAAUGGAAUGAUGGGUUGAAGCAUGGUUAUGGCGUAUAUACUAUGGCUGAUGGAUCUAGAUAUGAGGGCAAUUGGGUGAAUGAUGAAAGGGAAGGGUAAGGGCUCUUUCUCUAUGCAUCAGGUGAUAAAUAUGAAGGCAUGUAUAGCAAAAAUGUGAAGAGUGGAUAUGGAGUUUAUGUUGCUUCAAAUGGAGAUCGAUAUGAAGGUGAAUGGGCUAAUGAUAAAAGGUAGGGGAAUGGUACACUCUACAUGGCCAAUGGAGAUAAAUAUAUUGGAGAAUGGAAGGAAGGUGAGAAGUCUGGCAAGGGAAUCUACUAUUUUGCACAUGGAGAUACUUACGAUGGUUAUUGGUUGGGUGGAAUGAGACAUGGAUUUGGUAAAUAUUCAUGGAGCAUAGGUGAUUAUUAUGAGGGAGAAUGGAGGUUUGAUAAAAUGAAUGGUAAAGGAAAAUUUAAAGGAGCUGAUGGUUCAGAAUAUGUUGGAGAGUUUUCAAAUGACAAUAAAGUAAAUUGA